CCGGGAGCUCCGAAAGCACAAAAGUGAGAACGAUUUUUUAGGUUCGAUAUCGCACUGUACAAGGAGGAGCAACUUCGAACUGUAAUUCCGUAAUACCGUAACGCGUAAGGGUUGAUCUCGUAAACUUAAAAACGUUCGAAAUUCAAUGGCGUCACCAGCAGCGUCUAGCUAUCGUCGAACUUCGCUGCGUUCUUUGUCAACAGUCAUUGUGCUUAUGGUGCCUUUGCUGACUAUGACCAAGAUCAUCCCACUUGCACGAGCUGCUAAUGAUGCCAAAUAUUCUUCGGAAGUGAAGUUGCUCGACUACUUUCGAGACUUCGAUGUUCACGUGCCGCCCGUGGACAGUGCCAGUGAUCUGAAGAAUCUCCUAAUCAACAUUACGAUUAAACCGAACGAAAUUUUCGGUUUGACUGUGGACGAACACCAAGACCUCUGGAUCGACCUUUUGCUUUGCCUCUAUUGGAACUCCAGUGCUUUUACAUGGCUGCCUUCGGAUUUCGGCAAUAUCACCUAUAUAUCAUGGAAGAAGAAUCAUAUAUGGACUCCCCAAUUUACCUCCGGAACGCACCUCUUCCUCGGUGCUGAUGAUAUGAAACCUAGCCGCGGGAAAAUGCUCGUUAUGAUCCGUUGGGACGGCCUGACAGAGUGGUGUCCGCAGGUCCGGCUUGUGUUGUCGUGCAAAGAGCAAGCCAACGGCUUUGAUUCUUUCCCUGCGGAUCAGCUAAAGUGCGUUAGCGACAUUUCCAGUAUUGAUACAAUACACAGUGGGCAGUACGCUAACAUACACAACUUCACGUACUCUAAGCACGAUUUCAGGCGAAUGGGUGAUUUAUUUGGUAAUUCAGGCUAUCGCCUUCAGUACAUGCGGACGGAAACUACAAGUAAGCAGAAUAGGAUUGUAGUCGGCAUCCGUCGCAGUGCCUCUCAGUGGCUUUAUCAGAUCACCCUCCCGAUCAUACUGAUGGCGUUGCUCUGCAUAGUCAACUUGUGGCUGGAUGCAGCUCCUCAUGAAGACCAUGACAGUCGCCGUCUCACAACAACCUUCGCACUAAUUAUUUUAAGCAUGCUUAUGAUUCAAAUGUACUCGCCAUUACUGAUUCACUGCUCGAGACCUCCAUUUAUCCUGACACUUCUCGCUCACCUAGUUUAUAGCCAGUCCUUCUUUGCUGCAAAUUACAUCCUUCUAAUACAUAUCGACAACUGCGACAAAACGCCGGCCUUGUACCAGCGUAUCCAGCAGAUGUACGAGCGGAGUGGUGCAUACGGAUAUGCUAGAUAUGUUCGAACUAUAAUGUUUGGCUGGACUUUCGAGAGAUUUGAUAAAGACUGCGAGAACAACGUUGGUCGUAGAGAAGGACACGUUAAAAACCCAGCAGGAAGUCUAGCAGGAAGAGUCUUUCUAUUGGUGAGAACGUGCCUCACCUUUGACAUUAUUUUCAAUCUAUGCCGGUUUGGAUUUAUAUUUCUUUAGCAAUCGAUUGUAGGACAUCGGUUAAUUCUCAAACAAAAAAAUAACAGUGAUAAAAGCCGACUUUGGAAAGCUGCAAUGAAUACAAUUAUCGCAAUUAGAAUAUUCUUGUGAAAACCAACCUUCCAAAGUACAAAAAGAUCGCUAAUGAAAAUGAACGAUUUAAAUUGAUGGUGGUCGCGCAGCUGAAAAGGGGGACCAAUGAUAGAAGAGAAAAUUGUUUAUAUAUCGAAGUUUCGUGCAUGUACGAUCUUGCACGUGUAUGUGACGUCGAAUUAAUCGACUCCUAAAUCCUCAACCCGACCGGGUUGCGGGAGGCAUCUACUUGUUUGAUGAAAGCAGCAACGAUUUCGAUAUUACUACAAUAGCCGAUUCGCGACCUAAUUGGAUGAAAAAGUGUAUGGGUGUAUAUGCAAAUGAUGUAUAAUAAAGAUAGGAGGGUGUUU